AUGUCUGCACAGCUGGCCAGCGGGCCUGGCUUGGGUGUCUCCAACUUUGAUGAGGAAUUUGUAGACCAAACAAGCAAGCUCGGGUCGGCCGAACUCAAUAAGGAGGAAUCUUACCACAUUUUAAACAGACGAUUAGUGAAUGUUGUUCUUGACGAGGUGCCCGCUCCCCCUCUCAAUACCAACAGGAUAGAGAGCUCUCCAAGGCCUGUCUCUCAGCUUCUGGAAGAGGAACGUCCUGAAGAAUCUUCGAAGGUGCAAGAAGCAGCAGCCCCUCAACCAGCGCAUGCUUCUGGUUGGUCUUCAGAUGAAACUGAGAGGCUUCAGAGUCAUAAGGAUGCAACCUCUAGUAGAGAGACUGGAAAAGCUCCUUUGGGGAAGGGGUUUAGGGGCUAUCUCGUCCAAGACUCGCUCAGCUCUCAGGCGCAUGCAGAGCAGUACAGGGCUGCAUUCAGAAGCGGGAGCAUUGGCAGCUGCUUGGAAUGGACGGUGUCAAAUGAUGGCCUUGACAUGCUACAAGGGAGACCAAGCGAGUUGGGUGCGCACCUUCAUGGAAAGGAACAGCUGACCUACUUGUUCACCGAGCAGCGGCGGCUGAUGAACGAUUUUUUUGAGAGCCUAGAUAUGGACCAGGUCCACACAUUCACGCAGCUGUGCCUUUCCUGCCAAGGUGUCCUGAUCUUCACCGGGGUUGGCAAGUCGGGUUUCAUUGCACAGAAGGUUUCACAAACGCUGGUGUCGACAGGAACCAAAGCCCUCUUCCUGUCUCCAACUGACGCUUUACAUGGAGACAUUGGAAUCAUUGGCCCAAAGGACAUUCUCGUGCUGUUCAGCAAGAGCGGCGCAACUGAGGAGCUGACCAAGCUGGCGCCUUACGCCAAGGCCAAGGGCGCGUACCUGGUGGCAGUCACGUCCUGCCAGGACAGCAAGCUGGGCAGGAUCUGUAACAUGCACGUCCACCUACCACUGGAAAGAGAGCUGUGCCCGUUCAACUUGGCCCCAGUCACAUCGACCACGAUCCAGAUGCUGUUUGGCGACACAGUCGCAAUCGCGCUGAUGCAAGCCAAGCAUCUUACGAGGGAGCAGUACGCCAAGAAUCACCCUGCGGGUCGGAUUGGGAAACGGCUGAUCCUGCGGGUUCAGGAUGUGAUGAAGAAGGGCGCAGAGCUGCCGCUGUGCGCACCCGAAGCUCCCCUGAUGGACAUGCUAGUUGAGCUGACGCAAAAGGGGUGCGGCUGCCUGCUGGUGACCGAUCAGCAAAAAAAGCUUCUUGGCACGUUCACGGACGGGGACCUGCGGCGGUCGCUAAACAGGUUCGGCUCGGACGUCAUGUCGAAGCGGGUUGGGGAGCUGAUGAACGAGAAUCCACGUGCCGUGCCUUUCGACUCGAUGGCUGUCGAAGCGCUGCAGCAGAUGGAGACGUCCAACCCGGUCACUUUCCUACCGGUGGUCGACACCCAGCGCAGAGUCACUGGGCUCGUCACCCUGCAUGGGCUAGUGGCAGCAGGUCUGUGA